AUGGGGCAUGCCGUUCUGUACACUGCUAAAGUAAUUCUCAUUCUGCUUUCGUUCAAGGCCUUUGCCACAAAGCAGAUUGUGCUCCGUACGGGUGUUGUCAAUUUGCGGGCAGCCGAGCCUCCGAUGGUUGCCUUCAUGCCGCCCCCCGACGAGCGGAUAAUGCCGCCGGAGUUCUUUUUUAUUAUAUCCAGAUCCGAACUCUCCAUCAUGUCCUAUGACAAUGAUUCUCAUGCUCGAGAGAUCAUUCGACGCAUAGAGGAGAUACCUUUCGCCAGUGUGCUGUCGUACCUCCCAGUCAACAGCCUUCUGGUCUUCGGAGAAGACAGCGCGGUCAACGCAAUUAGAUUUGACCUCAACACGUCUUGGUGCAGUUAUCAGGAGGCACAAAAGAUCUCCCCCGAGUUGUUUCCAGUUUUGCGGACAGCACAAGGACUGGUACCAAGCCUCGGCGGUGACAUGCUUUUCGUUCUAGAAGGCUUGCUUCCCUUACUGCAGAGGUUAGCCACCGACGCAACCAACCAGCAGCAGCAGGAUGCCGAUCUUGGCAAGCUACUCGGCAGGAUGGUGACACUCAACCAGCCCGUCAUUGAGCUCGGUGGCGAUAGUUAUGACUCUAGCACCGCCAACGCGACCGUACAUCGGUACGGCCUGCUUGUGGAAAUGGUGCCUGCGGUGACAUUGGAGAUGCUGCAGUACGCCGCAAAUAUCUGGCCGGAGGUGCUGGCAGAGAAUAUGCAGAUGUCCGCCGAAGAUGUCUGCUGGCCCGUGAUAUAUCCCCCUGAGAUUGGUGUCAUCUUGUCCGUCUACCUGUGUGAGGAGGAUUUACUUAUCGGCAUUGCAUGGUUUGCCAAGCUGGAUAUUACUCGAUCGGUUUACCCCAUGAUUCGAGAGGAGAACAUGGACGUGCUGGCGAGCUCUCUCAUGCAAACAGGUCGCCUAAGCCAAGCGCAAUACGACAUGACAAGCGAUAUAAACUUUUGGCUGGGGCAACCCAUUGAGAUGACUAAGGACGAGUGGCCGUAUUGGGCAGCGGGACUGCAAGGCCAAGGGGAGAUCGUGGGGGUGGGAGACUCCGGGGUGGAUGUGAGUACUUGCUACAUGGAAGACCCCGACUAUGCGGGCGAGUAUGUGGCUCGCCUGCGAGAUCCCUCUCGUGCUCCAACCAUCGGCAGCAUGGCUUACUGGCGAAUCCCAAGUCACCGCAAGAUUGCGCAAUACGCCUUUAAGCCGAGUAAGCGGGUUGAUGCAAUCAUUCUGUUUUUGUCUGAAUUUGCGGCCCGCGUUAAUUUGUGCGUGCUACGGCGCUAUGACCAUAAAGUCGGGCUGCUGUCCGAGUAA